GCUGUUAACAACGGCGCUGUCGGUGCAGAUAAAGACCGAGUGUCAGAGCCAGAGAAUAUAAAUAAAAAGCCGUGCUAAAGUGAACGUUAAAUUGCACUUGCAUUAGCAUUAACAUUGUUGUUAACAUUAACAUUAAGCUUAACAUUGCCAAUGCCCCGCGAUUAUCACACAGCACAAAGUCAACGUCAGCGUCAACGUCAACGUCAACGUCAUUGUUAUUGUGUGCUCUUGUGUGAAUUGAACAGUGAGCGCGCCAAAAAGCAAGAGCAAUAAAACUAAAUUCUUUUUUCUCAAGUGUUAUUUUUUUCGAUGUUUAAAAUUAUUAAAAUUAAUAAUUGAACACUGUGCGCUCUGACCAAGCAAGCAAAAAAAAAACGAAAACUUUUGAAACGCAACUCAAAUAUAAAGCGAAGCUGCUGGUCAAUUGAAAUAAGUAAGAAAAAAAUCUACUAGCUUGGCCCCUUAUGCUUAGGAUGGACAAGUCGAAUCUAACGGAGCGUAACUAUGCGGGCGUCUAUAAUGUGACCACCAAAAACAAAAAGCCCAAGCGGCGCGACAAGAGCGAUCUGGGUCCGGAUUUUGUGGCGCCCGAUGGCGGCUGGGGCUGGGUGAUUUGCCUGGCCGCAGGCUUUAGCAAUUUCUUUAUGUUUCCACCGCUGCAGCAGUACGGAUUGAUUUAUAAGCAGCGCAUGGAGUACUUGGAGUUCGACAAGAAGGACACAACGAUUAUUGCUAAUCUGGUUAUGACGCUGUCCUCGCUAGUGGGCAUUGUGAAUGGCGCCAUGUUCAGACGCUUCACCUUUCGCCAAGUGGCGCUCACUGGCAGCACUUUGGUCUUUCUGGGCAUCUUUGUGAGCGCCUUCUGCACCACCGUCUGGCAGUACAUCAUCUGCCUGUCGCUGCUCUAUGGCGUCGGCCUGGGCAUGAGCAUGGCCGCCGUCUCCUUGGCCGUCAACACCUACUUCAAGCAGCGCCGACGUCGCGCCACCGGCUUCACCUGGACCAUCACCGGCCUGGGUCCCAUCCUAUUUCCGCACGUCUCCACCUUUCUGGUCAAUCUCUAUGGCGCCCAAGGCACCAUCUGCAUCUAUGCUGCAGUUGCUCUCAAUGCGCUCAUCUGUGCGCUCACCUUGCAGCCCGUGCUGCGGCAUGUGAAGCGGCAUAAGAAGUCCCCGGAGAAGUGCUCGCCCGCCAUAACCGCGGACACCGAUCUCGAUCCACAGCUGCAGUCGGAGCUGCUGGAGACCAAUGGCAAUGACGCUUGGUGCGAUUACGAGUGCCAGCAUUGCCAGGAGCAGCGACGCGAGAAGCGCGGCGGCCUCUUCUCCUCCCAGUAUCUGUUCAACGACGAUGAUCCCGAGUGUCCGGGCUAUGAGAUCACCGAGCCGGGCACGCCCAUGUUGGCGCGCGCCAAUGAUGGCUGGUUCGGCUCCAAGCUGUCGCUUGCCUCCGAGCGUCGCCAGGUGCUGCUGCGGCGUCAGGCUUCGCUUAAGGCCGCCAGUCGCGAACACUUGGAUGGGCUGGAGCGCCAGGGUGAGCAGCAGCUUCAUGGCAGCGCCUUGGCAUUGCAUAAGCCCAACUAUUUCAAUCGCGAGCGCGAUCUGGAGCUGCGCUAUGGCAGCAAGAGCAGCGUGUACUCCAAGCCUGGCAUGGGCGUGGGCAUGAGUCUGGAGUUGACCGCGCCCGGCUGCACCUGCGCCGAGGACAAGGUGCUGCUCCAAAAGUCCGCCGAGGCGCUGCGCCUGGAGCAGCUGAUGAGUGUCGAGGCCGAGGAGGAGGCCAAGCGCAAGAUGAACUUUCGCCAGAAGGUUAGCAAGUUCUUUGAUCUCGACUUGCUGCGUGACGUCACCUUCGUCAAUCUCGUCGUGGGCAUGAGCAUCAUGAUGUUUGGCGAAAUGAACUUUUCGGUGCUGACUCCGUUCAUUUUGAACAGCUUUGGCUACUCCGCGGAGCAGGCCUCGCUGGUGAUGUCGCUGCUGGCCUGCAUGGAUAUCUCGGUGCGUUUCCUGGCUCCGCUUUGCCUCGAGAAGAUCAAGCUGGAUAAUCGUCUGCUGUUUGCCUUUGGCAUUGUCUGCAUUGCCAUUGGCCGCGUCCUUGUCACCAUGACCAACAAUUUCAAUGUCGUCAUUGCCAUCUUCCUGCUGAUUGGCUUCGGCAAAGGCUUUCGCACCAUUUUCUCGCCACUGAUCAUACCCAGCUAUGUCCCAUUGAGUCGUCUGCCCGCCGCCUCGGGCUUGCAGCUGAUCUUCAAUACGAUUUUCUCGCUCGCCAUGGGUCCGCUCUUGGGCAUCAUCACUGAGGCUUUUGGCUAUGGCGCCACCAUUCACUGCAUCAAUUUGCUGACCGCUCUGGCUCUGCUCUUGUGGCUGGGCGAGUCCGCACUGCGCCGCCUGCUGGGCAAACCUCUCAAUCCGCCAGAGCACUAGAUACUUACUUACUUACUCCCCCCACCCCCACCCCCACUUACUGUGUUUUAUUCUAUGCCGUAGUAUUUAGCUGUUAAAUGUUAGUAUUUUAAAUUUAAAUGUUUUACUUAGACUCAACUCGUAGUGCGUUUUAUCGUGUCGUUUGCCCAAUUCAGUGGCCGCUUACUUAAGCUCAACUCGGAUUUAGAUUCGUAUUUAAAUAGCCUCUACACAUAUAUAUAUAUAUCGAUAUAUAUACAUAUAUCGGUGUUGCCACAACAGAAAUCACUAGCACCGCAAACUUCACUCAUCAAUUACGCUAGUGAUUUCUGUUUGUGGCAUCGCUGCAUAUUCAAUUUUUUGAAUAAAUCUAAUUACAUAAAGUUCUUAAGAAUUUCUUGUCGUACAACACUAAGCUAUAUUAUUAUAAAAAAAUAUGCAAU